GGGAUCGUCACAUACGUAUCGUUCGAUAACCGAUUUGUUUCUCCGAAUUUUCCAUGCCUCUUAACAAGAUCCACGAUCUCUAUGCAUGGAUAUUCGUUGAAACUUCAUUCGUUCGUUCAUACGCUUAUACCAGUUGUUAAAGCCAGUUCUGCAAGGCCCGUUGUGAUCCUCUUCACUCGGCGCGACAGACCUCCAGGGCUAUAGCUUAGCAACUCCAUGGCAGCUAGUAGUAUCCUAUACUUGAAGCGGUUUUUUCGACACCCUCUACGAUCUCAACACGACACAACUCUAUCGACCAUUAUCGCCGAAAUCGUUAAAUAGUACGACUACAAGCAUCAUCGGAUUAGCGUCACAUAACCGUUCAACCGCAUCAUCAUUGUCGUAUUGCGAUACCACGAUAUCUUCUUUAACAUUUCUUGAUACACCAUAGGCCGAUUAAUAUUCCGCGCGGCAUGUAUGGUCCUAAUCAUCAGCAGGGGCACAACACACGCCUUAAUGGCGUCCCUGGUGGCCGCGGUAUGGCACCUCAGAUGAUGUAUAAUUUCGUUCAGCAGCAAAGUGCUCACCAGCACCACACCCAUCCCCAACAGCAUCACCAGAAUUUACCCCAAGAUCAUGGGGCUCAUGGUGGCGCGGCGGGUACCAUCACCCAUUCUACUUUUUCUUCUGGUUUGAUGUCAACAGUUACUCCAUUUACUCCAAGUAAUCAUCAAAAUGGAAACGCCCCAGGUUCCCGGGGUGGACAAACUCAACAGUACAGUGAGCACUGGACCGAACAACUCAAGUCGUUCAAGGACUCCGAGCAGGCUCACCAGACAAUGACUGAGCAGCAUCAACCUCACUACUUUGCUAGGCUCCGAGCUAGCGAAAACAGAGGCAUCAUUCCUGCCCCGAGUGCGAAUGCUGCCGAAACUGCAGUGGAUGGCGAAUUGGAAGACCGUGGCCGACCUGUUAACGUCGAUAAGAACCUCGAUCGACAGGAUUGGAUGAAUUUGGACUUCAGUGGACAAGGUCUAAAGAACAUCUCUUUGACGCUCUUCGACCAUUAUGAAUUCGUCACUGAAUUGUACCUGGCUUCUAAUAGUCUUACCCGAUUACCAAGGGAAAUCGGGCAGCUACGGUCACUACGUCAUCUAGAUGUUUCACACAACCAGUUAACUACAUUGCCUCCCGAGCUGGGGAUGUGUACACCUUUGCGGCGGCUUCUCUUAUAUAACAAUCUGAUUCAAACCAUCCCUUCUGAACUAGGGGCCUUGCACUUCUUAGAAUUGCUUGGUAUCCAGGGAAACCCUCUGGAGCAUGAUCAGAAGCAGAAGUUGGUGGAGGAGGGCACUAAAGCCUUGAUCGCUCACCUUAAGGAACAGGCACCAGUACCAAUUCCUCCGAAUCCACGCCUGCCGAUCAUCAUACAAGAAGAUGUCGGAUCUGAGAAGGAGCGCAUUCGGGUAAUGUCGUGGAAUACCUUGUGCGACAAGUACGCGACCAGCGCGCAGUAUGGUUACACCCCGGCAAGUGCUCUCUCCUGGGAGUACCGCAAGGACAGCAUCAUGAGAGAGUUCCGCGACCGAAGUGCGGAUAUUCUCUGCCUACAAGAAACCGCGAUGGACGCUUACGACGAUUUCUUCCUUCCAGAGCUGAUGAAGAUCGGCUAUAGAGGCGUCUUCUAUCCUAAGACUCGGGUCAAGCACAUGACCGGGAAAGAUCAACUGUCUGUCGACGGGUGCUCGAUCUUCUAUAAGAGCGACAAGUAUAUUUUGUUGGAUAAACAGAUGGUAGACUUUAGGCAAACAGCCAUCAACCGACCCGAUAUGAAGACAGCCGACGAUGUCUUUAAUCGCUUAAUGCCGAAAGACACCAUUGCUGUUUUCUGCUUUUUCGAAUCGAGAUACACUGGUAACCGAUUCAUAGUCGUCAAUGCACAUCUAUGCUGGGAAUCUUACCUAGCGGAUGUCAAGGCUAUACAGACUGGAAUUUUGAUGGAACUGGUUACGAAACAGUCCGAGAGAUACACGCGUAGGCCGGCACUAUCGAUGGAAGAAAAGAGAAGCAAAUCGCCGCCACCUUCUGCUGACGGAGAUUCGGAGGAUGGGGACGAACCACCUCAAGAGCCCGUGCCUUCUCAGGAAUACCGCAACAAUACGGACAUUCCCAUUCUACUCUGUGGUGAUUACAACUCAAUGGCCGAUAGCUCCGUGUACGAAUUACUCGAGAAGGGGCGGAUUGCACCCGACCACCCUGAUCUACUAGGACACUCGUACGGAAAUUUCACAAGAGAUGGUAUUGAGCAUCCUUUCAGCCUGCGUAACUCGUAUGCUCACCUCUUCGGUACCCCCGACGAAUUAACAUUUACCAAUUACACCCCCACAUUUUCCGGUGUCAUUGAUUACAUUUGGUAUACUACCAAUACUCUAGAUGUGAUCGAGCUACUAGGUCCACCCGAUUACGAAUACCUGAAGCGGGUACCGGGUUUUCCGAAUUACCAUUUCCCGGCGGACCACAUUCACAUCAUGGGUGAUUUCGUUUUCAAGUCGCGCAAGGAUAAGAAAACCACGUCUGACCAAGACAAGUCCGGUAGCUCGAGAAAUCAAUCCCGAGACUUAAACUGACGGGCAUAUUUCAUCUAAGCGCCCAUGUAUCUUGGGGCCCUUGAUCGUCAACAGUCCCGCCAGUUG